AACUCUCAUUUUCUUCUCUCUCGAUUCUUAAGCAGUAACCAAAACAGAGAAACAAAAAAAAAAUGGCCUACUUCUCCACCGCGACAUCUCUUCUCCUCCUCGUUCUCUCUGUUUCCUCUCCUUAUGUUCAUGGAAACAUUGUACCAGCCGACGAGUGCACCCCCGUUGUUGUUACCCUGAUCCCAUGUUUACCUUUUAUAACGGUCGGGAGUACGGCGGAUACACCCUCAGCUUCAUGCUGCUCCAGUCUCCAGAAUAUUCUCAGUACGAAACCGGAAUGUCUAUGCGACGGGUUGAAGAACCCACCUUUGGGAAUCAAACUCAACGUUACUAAAUCUACUACUCUUCCCGCUGCUUGUAAAAUUAAUGCUCCUCCGGCGUCAGCUUGUGAUGCAUUGGCUCCUGCUAGUCCUCCUGCUGCUACUCCUCCUACUGCUAAUGGGCAAGGGAAAUGGAAUUUUUUUGGACUUCUUGCUUGAAUCAAGUUUUGGUUGGCGUUAUAAUAAAGCAGGGGAACUGUAAAAGUCAAUUUUCUUCAUAAUAAAAAAUUUAGUCUUUU